CUAUUUAACUGUAAUUUUAUAACUUUAUUCAUUGCUAGCAUGGUAAAAUCCCCUCACUCCAAGAAUCACUGUAAGAGUGGAAGAGUGACUAGGCAUUCGAGACGCUAUUAAAACGACUAGAAUCAGCCGCUAGUUCUAGUUCAGAGUUGAUAUAAUGGCCGAAAAGCAACCUAUUUCCAAGGAAGAAGGCAAUUGGCCGGAACUUUUAACAGACAGAGCCGGAGACGAUAACCAAAGCAAUGGCUUCUCUGCUCCUCCUCCUGUCACGAAUAUUAACGUGCCAUUAACUGAAGGGAUAGAGGAGAUUGAUCUAUUGGCUCCAUUGCCACCGCCUCCUGCCCUCCUAGAUUUAGACAUAACUGGUGUACAAUCGACUUUUGUUCCUCCUGUUUUGAGUCAAGAUGACACUACGCUAUUGCCUAAUACGAUGAACGACCAGAAUUUAUUAACAGUUGAUAGUACACAAUCCUUUAAUCUCAGCCCGUCUCAGUUCUCUCCUACUGGUGGGGCUGGUAAUUUGUUGUCGUUAUCACUCAGUCAAGAUAAUUGUCAAUUACAAGAUGAUAUUGCAGGUACCACUGCAUUAGCAACUGAUCUUUUAAGUUAUCCGAAUAGUCAGUCGUCUCAAACAAUGUCCGAUCCUUUAACAUGGACUAGACAAACUGAAGAUCUAUCUACCGUGUUGUCACCAACCAUUAGCAGUCAAGAUACACCUGCUAAUAAUACGACUGCUUUAAGGAAUCAAGAGCAAUCACGUCCUUCAGUUAGUAAUCCAUCAUUACUAGAUAUCACAUCAAAUCCUCCUCCAGAAAGUAUUCCAGUAUCUUCUACUCUUCCUAUUUCUACAUCAUCAGUUCCCACAGCUGCUACUACUAGCAGUAUAGUCAUUAGUUCACUCGAUCCUUCUAUAACUGAUCAAGAGAUUAUUGAACACAUUACUACUGCAUCCGUUACUAACAUUAAAGCUUUAUAUCGUAACUCUCCUACUGUUUGUACCGUGACGUUUCCUGAUAUGGCUGAUGCAUUUAGUGCUACUGUGCUGUUGAAUGGGCUGGAGAUGAAGGGAGCAUCCGUACAAGUGAAACUUAAUGACACUUGCUCUCCUUCACCAUCUAACAAUUAUGUUCACCAGAGGUUUGAUAUGUCGAGAGAAUUGUAUCAAUGCUUUGGCAAUGAUGCUAUGGAAGACAUUAAAAGAUUAGAGCAAAAUGGUGGGCUCCUCACCUAUUCACCUGGCUCCCUUUAUAUUGAAGCACCAUCCCAUGAUCUAAUUGACUCAUUUAAGAGGAACACAAUAGCUAAAUAUACUGAGAAAUCUGUUGUACUAACAGAAAUGCAGUGGGAAGAAUUAAUGAUGAAUGACGGAAAGAAUUACAUUGAGUUAGUUCGACCUUUUGAGACUAAUUCUCACAUCAUUAUAUUCCCAAUUCGUGAUGGUGCCUGUAAGCUCCUUAUCGUUGGCACUGUGGUUGCUGUAGAGUCAGCCUACACCUACUGCUGGAAUAAUCUAGCCAAAGACAUUAGAGUUGAAAGGGUCAAACUUGAAGCAUUAAAAGCAUUCCAUCCUAGUCUCUCUAAUGAUAUUUUCAUGCAAUAUCAAGUGGAACUUACUUAUUCUAAUGGAGGGAUUUCACUCAAUGGCUUGUCUCAUAAUGUACCACUAGCUCGUGCUGAUGUGGAGAAGAGACUAUUGGAAUUAGUAAAAUCUGCUCUUCCUCCGUUUAAGCCGAUCCUUUUCCUCUCUUUUAAAAGGAAACUCUCCUCACUGAAUCCUAAAACAGCAAUCAUUUCUAGCGACGGAGCUACUGAUUACAUUUGCUGCCGUAAUGAAGAAAGCCUUCAAGAGAUAAUGAAGCUGAUUCGUAAAAAGAAAAACAAAGAGAUUACUUUAUUGGGACCAGAAGCGCUGGAGAGAGUACGUUCAAAGCUUUUAACAGUGAUCCAGCGAAUCGAGCAAGAUUGCUUGGUCGAUAUUUCAAUAAAAACAAAGAAUAGCAGUAUAAUAAUUCAUGGGUACGUCACUGCUGAUCUCACUGAUGCCAAGGAAAGGAUCCAGGCUUUAUUGAAGAGCUCUGAAUUCGUACGUAGACCACUAGAGGCUCCUCCUGGUAUUGCUUUGUAUGUUCAUCAUUGCCUUUUCAAGCAACCAACUGAAGGUACUAAGCAACUAUUGACUGGUUUAACAUCUAAAGUCACUAGUUCAGAGGAUGUCGUUUAUUUUGAGGGACCUUGUGACGUCGUCAGUGAAACUGAAAAGAAACUUUUAGAGUAUUUUGUCACGUCGGAACUAGAAUCUAAGGAAUUUCCCUUUUCCGCUGAUUGUCGUUUUAUCUCGCACAUUGAGUCUGAAGUUCUUAGACAACUCCAUCAAAAGAAAACCUUUACCCACGUCAUCACUCGUCACAACAAGGAGGACUCCACCCAGCAGUCUGGCCGCUCCUCAAGGCAGGGUCGACAUCAUUCCUCAUCAUCUGAAGGUUCUUCAAAAGGAUUUACGAUAUCGAUUUAUAGUACUAGCAUUGAGGACUUUCAACAUGUCUGCUCUGAAAUGGAGACUUUAAAUCCUCACACCGAGUCAAUCUCUGUAUCUCCUAAAUCAACGGAUUAUAUCAUGAAAAGGAAGCAAGAGUUUGAGAAAGCGCAUUCAGUCAGAAUAUUUCUGCAAGGAACCUCAACCCAAUCACCCAAAGUACUAGUACAUGGCAUAAGAGACAGUGAUAUCCUGGAAUGCCAGGCACAAAUUGAAGACUCAAUUUUUGUGACUAAAACUAUUGAAGUCACUGGAUAUCAGGUAGUCUAUCUGAAGACGAAAUGUCAUGAUAAGCUAGAGAAAUUACAAGGGAAAUGUCGUACUAUCCAAUUACCACAGCCAAGAGUGGAGGCUUACCAGUUCUCAAAGAAGUUUACUAUUAGUGUGAUGGGUAAGUCAUCAGCCGUUGAUGGAGUGUGUGACGAAUUGAAGGAGUUUCUUUGUGACUUUACAGUCAAUAAAUUUGCUGUGACUACUACACAGAAUGUCAUUGCUCAGUGGAAGAAACGAUGGGUACAAGUGAAGAAGGAAUUAGAAUCAGAGCAUGAGAUUAUGCUUGAAUUUUAUGAAAAGGAUGAAGAGAGAGAAGGAGAUGAAAGGAGAGGAGGAAGAGGAAGGGGAAAACCAAAAGCACCAGGCAGACCUAAUGAAGCCACCAGAAGACCGUCUACUGCCCCGAGUACAGAAAUAUCUGUAAAUUUUACAGUUUAUGGUUUAAGUAAAGAGUCUGUUGAAAAGGUUAGUAGCAUUAUUAAGACUCGUGAAAAUGGAGAGACUGUGAAGCGCCAGAUCCAAAUCAAGGAUAAGUAUAGGCUACCAACUCGCAUUGUUGAGCUAGCAAACUCACUGGAUAUUGCUAGUAGUGUCUGGCUACAAGUACAAGGAAAGAGUCUUACGGUGAUUGGUCUUUGCUCAGCUCCUGAAGUGGUUGAUUCUACUGUUGAGAAGAUAACCAAUCAUUUGGAAGGUUCGUCUGAAGAGACAGUCACUUUGCAGUAUAAUGAUGACUUUAUUUCUGCUGUCAUGACAAGUAAAGCUAAAAUAGUUCUUAAAGAAGCUAGUAAGGCUGCUGAAAGAGAGAAAGUUAGAAUUUCUUUGAAUUUUAGUGACAAGCCUUUCGUUGUUUUUAAGUUUACUGGUCUAACAGAAAGUGUUCAGAUCAUCAAGAAAUUAGUCGAAGAGGCCAUUGAAGCUAUUUCAGAAGGUAAAUCCACGAAAACAAUUGAUGUGGAUUAUUAUAAGGCUCCGUAUUUUAAAACCCAAGAAUUUGAAAAGUUUUCUGAACAAGUACAAGUCCAGUACUCGAUUAUAAUUACCGCAAACAACAGAGUUGUUAUUAGCAAGGAAUUGAAGCCCGCCCCUUCUUCCCAUUCCCUUCAAGUGUCAAUCGUAUCUGGUGACCUCUUGAGUGAAAAUGUCGAUGCCAUUGUAAACGCAGCUAAUGGGGAUUUAAAACACAUUGGUGGAUUGGCAAAGAAAAUAUCAGACAAAGGUGGUGAUGCAAUUCAGACUGAGAGUAAUAAAUAUGUAUUUCUCAAUGGCCCAUUGCUACCUGGUAAUGCAGUUUGUCUGGGUCCUGGCAAGCUGCCUUUUAAAAAUAUCAUUCAUGCUGUGUCUCCAAGAUGGACUGGAGGCCUUUCAAAUGAACAGGGUUUUUUAGAGCAGGCAGUAUUAAAUGUGUGCUUAGAAGCUCAUAAUAAUCGUUUAACAAGUGUAUCCAUUCCAGCAUUAGGAACUGGAGUGUUUUCAGUGCCUGGACCAGUCUGUGCAUCAGCUUCUAUUGCAGGCUUGAUCAAGUUUUGUAAAACUGUCAGGUCCAGCUCACUUCUCUCUGUUCGUUUUGUUUUAUUGCCUAGUCUAGUGGCUAAUUUUGAAGCGGCUUUGAAAGCACAAAAUCCUCAACCAAUUCUUCCACAAGCUGUUCCUAUUCAGUCUCCUCCAUUAACUCAAGGGCAGCAGUUGAUGUGGAGUUGGCGCGAUGAUGAUAACUUGUUCAAACCUUAUGAUCAAUAUACUAAUAGCCUCCUCAGUCAAAGGUAUCAGCAAAACCCUUUAGCUCCUUGCCAGAUAACGGUCAAAGGUACAAUAUACGAGAUUGAUUUUAAGAGCAUGGUGCAAACGAAUACGAGAACAAAUUUCACGCGUAAAAUUAAGUUGUCACAAUCAAGAGAUGAAGUGGAAGUAGUUGAUGAUACUGAGGAGACUGAUGGAUCACCAGGUGAUACUGUUCAAUGGUAUUAUUUCAAUGAUCAGCAGCAAUGGACACUCUAUGAUGAUCAGAGCUCAAGUCAGUUGGAAUCAUGGUAUCAGAAUAACUCACCUACAGGCCAGCUGGUCAUUGGUAGGCACUCGUACACAUUCGAUUUUGAAAAUAUGCAGCAGAAAAAUGCUAGCACUGGGAAUGUACGAGCCAUGAAACGAUUGUGUCCAUCAGAUGAUGAUGAUGAUGAUGGUGAUUUAGGAGCUGUCAAGUGGUCCUUCAAUAAUGAUAAAGGAGUAUAUCAGGAAUAUAGUGAAGAGCAUGCACAACAGUUAGAGGAAUGGUAUCAGAGUGGUACAAGCGGUAGACUCAAUAUUAGAAAAUUCACUUACUCGUUUGAUUUUGAGAAUAUGACCCAGUGUAAUACAAGGACCAAUACAACUCGUAGUAUCAAACGAGAAGGACCAGAUGCUCCAGCUAGUAAAGCAACAGUGAGCAAAGUCCCAGUGACUCUCUGUGGCCCAAGGGAGCACAUUGAUAAAGCAGCAUCGGUUCUGCAGAGUAAACUGGACAAAUGCCUUUCUAAUGAUACACUUAAAAUACCGUCCUCAUCAAAGCAAUUAGAGAGGUAUUUGCAUAACAUAGCUACUCGGCAUACCAUUAAGCUUGAUAUAAUUUCAUCGUCUGAAAGUGCAAGGUCAGCUAGGCUUGUGGGUGUUACACACCUUGUUAAGGAAGCCCUGACAGAAAUGCAGAAAUGUUUGCUAACUCACAUGGAAACUGCUAAUAAAGGAAUGACAGUACAGAAGCCUAAGGAAUGGCAACCUCAACAAAAAACACUGGAAAUAUUUGUGGUAAAGGAAGGAACUAGAGAGUACCAGCAUGUGGUGUCACAGUUCCAGAGAACAAUGCCUCGUGUAACUGUUCAUUGCAUUGAGCGCAUUCAGAAUCAGUACUUGUGGGAAAAGUACUCAAACCAUAAGGCAGCACUACAGAAGAAGAAUGCUGGUCAAGUUAAUGAGAAAGAGCUGUUUCAUGGAACAAGGAACAAUGACCCAAAGCAAAUAUAUGAUUCAGAGGAAGGCUUUGAUAUGAGGUUCAGUGCUAGUGGGAUGUGGGGACAAGCUAAUUAUUUUGCUGUUAAUGCCAGCUAUUCUGAUUCUUAUGCACAUGGUCCUUGUACCAAAGGAGGUAAACAAGUGAAGCAAAUGUUUUUAGCUAAAGUUUUGACUGGAGUCACUUAUCAAUGUGCUUCUAAUUCUAGCUUACGUAUGCCUCCUGAAAAACCUUCAUUUGUUCCAGCUGGCUCAGCAUCUAAUAACUUCCAAUUAGGUCAAGUACGAUAUGAUACUGUCAGUGGAAAUACUCAUGGAUCUGAUGUUUUCAUGACUUAUGACAACUUGAAAGCUUAUCCUGCAUAUUUGAUAUCUUAUGAUUGUCCUCGACGCUUUUUUUAAAUACUAGAGCUAGUACUAUUUGUUUUGUGAUAUGCUGAAAUUUGUUUUGCUUCUUUACAGUUUAGAUAUUAUUGUGUGUAGUUGCUUUAGUUUAUU